GAAAAUAGAUUUGUUCCAUCAGAAGUCAUUACAGAGACUGUUUAUAACUGUCACUCUCACUGCGAUACACAACUGGAAUUUUUCUCCUUACAAAUACCAAGAGACUAAACAAUUACAAGGAGAUAUCAUCUAAAUGGAAAAUUCUAAGAGCAGCUGUUAAAAGUGAAGGUUGUAAAGUUGAUCAAAGUUUAUUGACUGUAGUUUAGUUUCUGGAUAAUCUACAAUGGCAACUCCUGUUCCUGUCCAUGAGCUGCUGCUGGACACUUUGGAUAGCUUGGUCUCAAGCGAGCUGAAGAGAUUUCAGUAUCUACUGACUAAGAACAUGUUAGAUGGCCGGUUUCCUAUUCCUAAGGGCUGUCUGGAGAACGCUGGCAGGGAGGACACCGUGGAGAAGAUGGUCAAUGCCUACAGCCACGAAGGAGCAGUGAAGAUCUCACUGAAGAUCCUGAGGAAGAUGGACCAGAAUGAUCUUGCUAUGAAGCUGGAGACAGGCACUCUAGAAAAGGUGCCAGCACUGAAAAAGACUGCGUUUGAUCAAAAGGAAGAACUAAAAUCCAAUUUAGAGAGUCUUCGAAAGAAUCAAGAAACGUACAAAAGCAUGGAGGUCCACAUUAAGAAGCAACGUGCGGACGCAGAGAGGCAGAUGAGGGAGCAGUUUGAAAAGUUCCACCAGUUUCUGAGAGAGGAAGAAGAGGCCAGACUGGUUAUGCUCAGGGAGGAAGAGGAGCAGAAGGGCAAGGCUAUCGCCAGAGAGAUGGAGAGAAUUCUCAAGCAGAUCUCUUCUCUUGAACAGGACCUGCAGAAAGACGACCGCACAUUCCUCAUGAGCUACAAAUACACCCAGAACAGCACACUGCCGGGUACACAGCAGGUCUCAGGAGGGCUUAUCGACAUGGCCAAACACCUGGGAAACCUGAAGUUCAGAAUGUGGGAGAAGAUGAAGGAGAUAGUCCAAUACACUCCUGUGAUUCUGAACCCCAACACUGCAAACCGCUGGCUCUCUGUGUCUGAUAAUCUGACCAGUGUGAGAUUUAAUAACAUAGGUCAGCAAAUCACUGACAACCCAGAGAGGUUCGCACAGUAUGCCAAGGUUCUAGGCUCAGAGGGCUUCAGCUCAGGGAAGCACAUCUGGGAGGUGGAGGUGGGGGACCAUCCUGAGUGGAAUCUGGGCGUAGCUAAAGAGACCAUUGAUAGGAAGGGGGAGAUUCUUGCUUCACCAGGUUAUGGAAUCUGGGCUAUACUGAACAGGAAUGGUGUGUAUCAAAGUGGAAAGGGUGAGCCCCUUGCUUUUGAGAAGCUGAAGAGGAUCCGAGUGCAGCUGGACUUCACCAGUGGGGAGGUGUCCUUCUACGACCCCAAAGAUAUGACACACAUCUAUACUCAUAAAGACACGUUUGCUGAGAGACUGUACCCAUACUUUCUUGUUGGACUGGCUGGUGGUGCCAACAACCCUGAUAUACAUAUCUGCCAAUCAGAGGUGUCUCUGACUGUAAUGGCAUCUCAGUGAGUGUAAUAGCACGUUCGAUUUCAAGACUGUGCUGCUAACCUCAAAACGUUUGACCUGGGUCAUGUUCAUUCGAUACCAAAUGGAAGGAAACGGACUGAAACAGGAAGGGGAUACCUGGACUUUUAGUUUUCUGUUGCAAUAGGGGCCCUGGACAUAUACCCCAGCACACUUAUCACAUUCCUUCCAGAAGAUGCCAUUAAAGUAUAACAAAUGGAAGAACAAUUCAAAUGGAAAGCUCAAAUCAGUUAACCUCAGGAAAUAGUGAGCACCAAUUUACUUUUGUGUUUUUUUCUAUUACAUUAAAGAGAUUCUCUUGUACUUUUGUAUGUUCCACGUAUGUUCCACGACUUGCCAGUCCUCUUAGUAAAAGUACCUUUAAUAGAAAAAGACUCAAGUAAAAGUUAAAGUCACCCAGUAAAAUUCCACUUGAGUAAAAGUAUUUGGUUUUAAAUAUACUUAAGUGUCAAAAGUAAAUGUAAUUGCUAAAAUAUACUUAAGUAUCAAAAGUAAAAGUACAAGUGUAAAUAAUUUCAAAUUCCAUAUAUUAAGCAAACUAGAUGGCACCAUUUUCAUUUUUUUUUAAAAGAAACUACGAAUAGCCAGGGGCACACUCCAACACUCAGACAUAAUUUACAAACAAACCAUUUGUGUUCAUACCAGAUACUCUAUGUAGUAUAAUGUUACAGGCUUUGGUAACAAUAUCCUACAUGUGUUUACACUCAGUGCUCUUCAGAAUCUUUGUACAGCAUCACUGCUCUUGUCUGAACUAUGUAUUGAUUCAUGACUGAAAUACAAUGCAAAUCUAUUUUUCUUUCAUCAAUAGUAUUUCAUUAAUGCUGCCUUUAUUGCCAAAUGUCAUUGAUGUAACUGCUAAUAAAUGCAUGACGUAUUUUCUGUAAAAUGUCCCAAGUGUCAUUAGUUAUAAUAUUAUAACAUUAAAGGGACAGUUCGACGA